UCUUUUCAGAUUUCAAAGCAAAGUUAAGCAUAAACUUGCAUCAGCAGCACACUCUGAGAUGAGAAGAAGAGGAAGAAGAAGAAGUCUAUAGUUUAGUUAUCAGAGCCAAACAGGCAAUGGCAGAUCGGAGUAGACUCCUUACUUACGCUUACAUUCUUCUUUACAUCGCCCUCUCCAGUGGCCAGAUCUUCUUUAACAAGUGGGUUUUGUCUUCUAAGGAAAUAAACUUUCCUUAUCCUCUUGGAUUGACUCUACUUCACAUGGUCUUCUCUUCUGUUUUGUGUUUUAUACUAACAAAAGUUUUCAAGGUUAUGGAAGUUGAGGAUGGAAUGACACUAGAAAUAUAUGCGACAUCAGUUGUUCCAAUAGGUGCAAUGUUUGCAAUGACUCUUUGGCUGGGAAACACUGCCUACCUGUAUAUAUCUGUGGCUUUUGCACAAAUGUUGAAGGCAAUUAUGCCAGUUGCUGUUUUUGUUCUUGGAGUGGCUGCUGGACUUGAGGUGAUGAGCUGCAGAAUGCUGUUAAUAAUGUCAGUGAUCAGCUUCGGUGUUCUUGUCGCUUCUUAUGGGGAGAUAAAUAUCAGCUGGGUUGGAGUUGUGUAUCAGAUGGGUGGAGUUGUUGGAGAAGCCUUGAGACUUAUUUUCAUGGAGAUUCUAGUGAAAAGGAAGGGUCUGAAGUUAAAUCCUGUAUCCGUUAUGUACUAUGUUAGUCCUUGCAGUGCCCUUUGCCUGUUUAUUCCUUGGAUCUUUCUAGAGAAACCAAGGAUGGAAGCACAUUCAUGGAACUUUCAACCUGUCGUGCUAACACUGAAUUCUCUUUGUACAUUUGCGCUGAACCUAUCAGUUUUCCUUGUGAUCUCGCACACCAGUGCUCUGACCAUUCGUGUGGCUGGAGUUGUGAAGGAUUGGGUUGUUGUCCUGCUAUCUGCCCUUCUAUUUGCAGAUACAAAGCUCACAGUCAUAAACCUGUUUGGUUACUGCAUUGCAAUUGCCGGUGUAGCUGCUUAUAAUAAUCACAAGUUGAAGAAGGAAGCUACUCGAGGUAGUUCUGAUAAAUCACAGCCUGCAGAAUCCAUACCAUUGACUGCUUCGUCAACUUCAAACAGUUAAGAUAUAUAGUAAAGGUUGUUGCCAAGACAUUUAUAGCACUCGGCCUUGUCAACUCAUGGAUGUUCCAGCUGUUCGUAAUUUGGGUUAAUUUUUUGCCCAGCAUGGUGCUGAAUCAAGUGGAUAUGGUGUUAUAUAAAGAUGCCAAAUCGAGAAUCAAACUCAUGAAAAGAACAUCUGUGAAGGUUUUGAAAUUCCUGAUAAUGUUAUCAUAAGAGGUUUAUUUUCAUUCCAUUUCAUUUUAAUUUUUGGAGGUGGGAAGGUGCGAAAGUGGUAAAGCAGAUAUGGGGAUCCCUCAACUGUUAGAUAUCAAAGUCUAGAUAUGUAGAAACCACAUGGGUAGAGUGUAUAGUUUGGAUUCAGAAAGCUGAUGUGAAAACCUGUAGUUUACAUUUCAAAUAUUCAUUCUCCUUCAAUUAAAAAAAGAAAGAAAAAGGGUUUGUUAUUAAUUUUUCA